GAAAAAAGGGGAAAGUAUGACAGUGUAUAUAAACCCCAAUGAGAACCUGGUCGGGCAGCGCCUCUCGAGAUGAUGGCCCUAUCAGGGCAUCAGCCCAAGCAUGGGGCGGAAGGCGACGAAUCAGGCCAUUGGGGUAUGAAACACGGAGGUUGUUGCCAGACGCUGGAUAGGAAGCUGUUUGGCUCUCUGCAGGCCAAAUCAACAGGCACCGAAGUCAGAAAGCCACAGUCUUUGGUCGAGACCAAUAUGAUAGACGUCCUUGCUGCACCUAUAUGCGAGUAAGUGUGGGACGAAGGCAUCCAUGGCGAUGCAAAGGCGCCAGAUCAGCCAAU